CAAAACGGAGAGUACUGUGAAAGUGCGAAGAAUAUAAAAUUCGCCGCGCCCGAUACGUACAAUAUCCUACGGAGUAUGUAGACAGAGAAAAAGAUUUCUCAAAACUGAAAUUGAAUGCACAAACAUUUCUUAUGACGGUGCAUUCUUCCUUCUCUUCAGAAUUCUGAAGAAUUCAUAAGGAACUCGUAAGAUUGGGGGAGUGAGAGGGGAGACGAUUUCCAGUUUGUCUCCAUCUCUCUCAAUCUUCCCCUGGUUUCUUCUCAGACAUUCAUAGAACCAGCAGAUUAUGGAUAUGAGAUUUCCACCUUUUGUAUAUACAAGUCAUGCAGCUCUGUAGAGACAUUUAUUAUGGAUCAAAAGCUUUCGUUACGCCAUUUCUGAUUUUCCGUAUCAACCCCCGUCCCCCUCUUUAUAUGUAAACUUUUUUUCCCCCACGCCUUCCAGAAAUUUCCAUGUUUUCCUCUGCCGUUAUGUUUUGAAAACCCUAGCUGGUUGAAUUUGGAGUUUCGGUUUUGAACUCUGUUCAAUGGGGUAUCAUGGUAGCGGUGGCGGACCUGGUUGCUCUAGAGGGCCUAGAGUGGAUGAUCGUUUGGCCACGACUCAUCCUGAUCCCUCGGUCAUUGGCGAGGAAUGCUGGUCAUCUGCCGAAGAAACCACCACGGAGUUGGUGAAUUGUAUCCAUCCCACGAUGGAUUCCGAGGAGAAGAGGAAGGACGUCAUGGAGUUUGUCCAGAAACUGAUAAGAGAUUCUCUUUCUUGCGAGGCUUUUCCAUAUGGAUCAGUGCCUCUCAAGACCUAUCUUCCGGAUGGAGAUAUUGAUUUGACUGCUCUUACUGGUCCUAGUACUGAAGAAUAUUUGGCGCGUGAUGUCCUUGCUCUUCUGAGGGAGGAAGAGCAAAAAGAAAAUGCUGAGUAUAAAGUCCAGGAUACCCAAUUCAUUGAUGCUGAGGUUGUCUUAUUCCUGAUGCUUCAUAAAGUAUACGGAGUAUUAUUUUAUGAACUAAGCUGGGUUCUAGAGGUUAAACUUGUUAAAUGCCUUGUACAAAAUGUUGUCAUUGACAUAUCUUUUAAUCAGUUAGGAGGUCUCUGCACACUUUGCUUCUUGGAGCAGGUGGAUCGUCUUGUUGGCAAGAAUCAUCUCUUCAAACGCAGUAUUAUGGUGAUAAAGUCCUGGUGUUAUUAUGAAAGCCGAAUCCUUGGUGCUCAUCAUGGCCUCAUAUCUACCUAUGCAUUAGAAACACUGGUCCUAUAUAUCUUCCAGUUUUUUCAUUCAUCUUUAAAUGGUCCUCUAGCGGCACUCUAUAGAUUUUUGGAUUACUACAGUAAUUUUGAUUGGGAGAAUUACUGUGUUAGUUUGAAUGGGCCGGUUCACAAGGCAUCCCUUCCUGAAGUUGUGGUUGAGAAGCCUGACAAUGGAGCGAAUGAGGUAUUGCUCAGUGAAGAUUUUUUGAGGAACUGUAUGGAAAUGUUCUCAGUUCCAUCCAGUGUUAGUGAAAGCAGCCGCGGAAGACCAUUCAAACUAAAGCAUCUGAAUAUAAUUGACCCAUUGAAGGAUAAUAACAAUCUUGGGCGCAGUGUUCAUAGAGGUAAUUACUACCGCAUACGUAGUGCUUUCAAGUAUGGAGCACGCAAGCUUGGUCGGGUUCUCUUAUCCCCUCAAGAUAAAAUUGGAGAUGGGGUAAAGAAGUUCUUUGCAAACACCAUUGACAUGCAUGGCCAGAACCCCUUGUAUAAUUUAAAGAACUCGUCUUCCCUAAAAAAUUACCCCAACAGUAUGUCGUCAUAUGAGGAUGAAAUGCCUUUGAAACCAUCAGUUGGCUAUUGUGAUGAUAGUAACAGUAGUGUUGAAUGGGAAGAUAAAUUCAGCCCUUCAAUAUUAAGAAACGAAGUUGAUGCCAAGCUGAUGAAAAAACUAGUUAAUGAAAAUAGUUGCUCCACAACUGAGGUUACUGUAUCAGGACAUGAUCUGGUGGCUCCCACAAAGAGCACGGAUUGGGCACCCACCCAAAACGGGCAAUUUGAUUGUGUUUACGGGAAGCCAGUGUUUGGUUCAUUGAUAGACCAAAGCGAGAUUCUUUCUGAGAGUAGUGCAUACCACCAGUCACUGACAGAUUACAGUGAGAGUGUCUGUUCUGGUGUUUCGGAAAUCUCAACUCCAAAGACAAGCAUUUUAGAAAGCUUGCCCCUUGAUUUUAGGGAAAGGGACUUGGCCAGCUUAGCGGGCGACGAUUUGGAAGUUCUGAAUCCUUUAGCUGACCUCACAGGGGAUUAUGACAGUCAUAUUCGAAGUUUGGUGUAUGGUCAGUGUUGCCACGGGUAUGCAUCAAUGGCAUCGUUAUUGUUUGAUCCCAUGUUUAAACCAGCUCACUAUCAAGAUUUUGAGUAUCUGGACACUGUUCAUUAUUCAAAUACGGGUUCGGUUUUUGUGGGACCCGCAUUCCUUCCCUCACCUGCUAACAACCACUUACCAUCAAAUGUUACUUGCUAUGAAGAGAUAGCUGAAGCAACAAUACCAGAACUGUUCAUACCAAAGAUGGAUCGUUCUUGCAAAAUGAAGGGCAGGAGUAAAGAACUCUCCAGUAAAAUCCAGUUCCAAAAAGUGUCUAGUAGCAACGGAUGCAUUCCUGUGGUGUUAUCAGAGGCAAACUGUUCCGGAAAUGAGGAUGAUGAUGGCAGUGGUGGCGGCAAGCCAGACUGUUAUUUCCACUCCCAAAAACCUUCUUGUAAGAAACGUGGGAAGCUUUCUGCAUCCAACCAGUAUGCCGACCGAGAAGAUGAAAAUGGUCUCCCGAAUUUGCCAAGUGAGAUUGAGUUUGGGUCUUUAGGGAAGCUCCCUGACGGUUUUCUUUCAGGCGCUCUUCGUGGUCUAGCCCCACCAAAUCUCUCUAAAAAACUAGUAUGGUGCAGAAAGGAAAGGUUUGCAGAUCGGUCGUUCCGCCUGAAAAAUGAAGAAGAGUUCCCCCCAUUGACGCCCAUGUGACCUGUGAGGAAGUGCAUGAAAAUAUCCGGAGGCGAGGGUAUAUGAGACAUAAGUUAGCUGCUAACAAACCAUAGAAACAUUAGUUUUUUUUUUUCAUUUAGACAAACGUAAUGAUAAGAAACAAAAGUAAAGCUAUAGCUAUAUAUAUACAUAUUGCAUUUGUUAAGGUCAUGUAAAAGCCAAGACACUUGCCUAUUGGUCGGAUGAUGAAAAGAAGAUAGAAAAAGGGAAAAGGUGCAAAUAGGCCCAUGUACUAAUCAAAAAAGGUCAAAUAAGCCCUUAUUUAGGAGGCUCUGUCCGGCCGUCGUCAUUUGGG